CGAAGCGAAAAAAGCAGAAUCACACUACUAUUUAACCACGCUAAUUGGCUACAGUUCCCUAUCCGACAUUAGUGUUGAUGAUGAAGACUAUGGAAGUUGACAAGCUAAUUUGGUCUGGUAAAAGACCGUACAUGUGUAAUCAUCUUCUUUAGCGAGAGUACUCAGCUCUUUCUGCUUGUACACUCGUUUCAAGUAGUACUCGACGGUGGCAGAAUUGUUAGCCGCGACAGCCUCUGUUUAGCCUGUGAGCCUCCGUUUACCGGUCGUAUAAACUCACUUUAGUUGUUUCUUGAGCAGUUUGGUUUAUAGCUUUUUUUAUCUUCUGGUCGUGCCUUUUGUUCAUGGACAUUCUCAUGAAUUCGAUGUGUGUGGGUUGUGAAACCUGGUAUAUAUAUUGCGGGCACAUCCUUUAAAACUUUUAUUGCAUCAAUUUGGCUCAGGGUACCUUGAUUGGGGGAUUUAUUUAGCUUUUUGUGAUGAUGGGCAGUUCAUCUACUUGCCAAAUUAAGAAUAAAAAUGAUGAUGGGCCGUGUUGGAAGUGUAUGUAUGUUUUCCUUGAUCAAUGGGCUGCCUAUCUAAUUAUGAUCAAGUGUAUGUGUAAACUGUGAAGUGAGGAAAUUCUUUGGAAACUCUUCAGGAACUCCCCAAACACUCUUUUACUGUUUCCAGUUUCCCCAUGCUUCUUACAUCUUUGUGGAACAUAAUAUAUGAAUGUGAUGUAAACCUGACCUCUUGCGUAUCCUUUUAAUAUGAAACUAUGAAUUACGCCAAAAAUUAACAUGUGUUAUUGUUUGACACGUUUUUUUAUUUUAUCAUUAUAAGUUUGUUCAUGUUUAAAUCUAUGUUCUUACACUUGCCACAUUUUGUUUGCAAGAGUUUGAAGCUGCUGGUGUGGAGAUUAGUAUUAGUUACUAGUUGAAAUUUGUCAGUAUGGUCAGGACAAAAACAGUUCAAAAACAUGUGUUGGAGGUAUUGGUCCUACCAAGGCCUCCCUUCCACUUUAUUUGUUGAGGCUUGCACACUCUAUUUUUACUCUCUCUUGGAUACCUAUUCUUUGGUAUAUAUCCUGAUCAAAUAUAUACCUAUUAGAGUUGACUUUCCCAGUUGGCUGGCCCCUUUGAUUGCUGUCCGCUGCAUCCAUCUUUUGUCUUGGCUCCUACAUGUGACUUUGCCUUGUCUUUGUAGCAUGUGAGUGUUUGUUGUUUUGACCUCACCCGUGACUCCUCUUCUAUGCUGGCAGCCUACUAUUUAAAGUCCUUGCUUCUUCCCUUGUUGAAGCAGCCUGCGUGAGUUUAGUAUCCCAGAGAGCAGAGCUCCCUUUCUUCCUCCUUUGUGUGAGAAUAGAUAGGUCCUUAGUGGAGAGUAAUACUUGGGUGUGCUAUAGCUUCCUCUUAGUGUGGUGUGUGAGAGUGUGUGUGUUGAAAGACCUGAGCCGGAGACGGAAGAAACGAUCCUUACAGUGGUAUCAGAGACUGGAACCGCCGUCUGCCGCCGUCCGCCGCCGCCGUCCGCCGCCGCCGUCGAUUGGAGCUCGCCGAAGGUCCAAGAGCUGCCUGGUCGUUCUCACGAGCUCGCCGAUUUCCCUAUUCGCUGAAAUCGACGGAAGCUCGCCGCCGGAAACCACCAUAACCAGAUUCCAGAAGCUCGCCGUCGCCUGGGAGGUCUGCCACCGCCGCCGGAGAAUCUGCCGCUCCGCCAUCAAAGUCACUGGAGCCCUUCUUCGUUUUUUCGCUCGACGCCUGGGUUGCUGAGGUCGUUCGCAGAAGGCAGGAGGCGCGUUGAAGGAACGAAAAGCACUGCUACGCUCCUUCUGCUUCGGGUUCGCUGAGGAUAGAGACGAAGAGUGUGGGCCCUGUACUUUUGUAUCCUGGACACUGGUCUGUACGCAGAGAAACUGGAGCAGGCUAUUUGGGCCGAGUCUAACUGCUGGAAGGAUGGGCUGACUUAGGCCAGUUGGACUGCUCCUGGAGCUGAAAAGGCUACUGGACUGGUAGAGCAGUCUAAUUAAGCUCUGGGCUGUUGGGCCUUUCUUCUCUGGGCCGCUGGACCUGGGGAAUUACUGGGGCUAAGUUGCUGAUUUGUUGGACCUGGAGCUGGAACCGGUCAACGCCGGUCAACGGCAGUCAACCCCUCCAGAAAAAUCCCAAUUUUUUUAAAAUUGGGUAGGUAAGGUCGAAACGCUCUCCUAGGGUUUCGCGAAGGUAAGUUUUCUGUAAACUUCCCAUUUGUUACAUUCCGGUUUUAAUUUAAUUUAAUUUUAUUCCCCCUCCCCGCGGGCCGCCGGUUGAUUUAAUCCCGGCCGCCAACCCCCCAGGUACGUUCUAAACCUUCUCCUUUGUGGUUGACUGUUUUAGUUAAUUAAUUAAAUUGCUAAGUGUUAUUUAAAUUAAUUGUUAUGCGUAGGGGUGGUUUAUUGGGUGGUAGGGGUAGAAUUAACUAAAUUUAAUUUUCUGCCCGGAAUUGUUUAAUUGCCAAAAUGUCCAUUUUUUGCUAUGUGUUGCCUGCUGCCCGGGGUUAUUAAAGUGAAUACUUUAUAACCCGGGUUGGAUUUUUUUUCUGUCAUUUCUAUCUGUUUAGCUUUGUGUUCCUUUGUGGUUGAUACCAUGGCUGCGAAUCAGUAUGGUAUGCUUCCAUUUAAUGGAAAAACAGAUUUUGAUAUUUGGAAACAGAAAAUUAAGUGUGUGUUAAUACAGCAAAAAGUUUUCAGAGCUGUCACUGGUAUUUUCCUUGAAUCAGAAGAUAAGGCUAAGCAAAUUGAAAUGAACGAAACUGCUUGUUCUACUAUUUACUUGAAUCUGUCUGAUUCUGUGCUUAGGAAAGUGGGUAUUCUUGAGUCCGCUAAGGAGUUGUGGGAGAAAUUGGAUAGUCUCUAUACUGAUACCUCUUUGCCCGGGAAGUUGUUCUUACUAGAGAAAUUCUUUAGGUUUAGGCUUGACCUGACUAAGGAUAUAGAUGAGAACCUGGAUGUGUUUAAUAAACUGAUACAAAAUAUCAAACAGGCAGGUGAUAAACACAUAGAUGAUUACACUCCCAUAGUAUUACUUAAUGCCAUUCCCGACUCUUAUAAUGAUGUUAAGUCCGCUAUUAAGUACGGUAGGGAUGAGAUUUCAUUAGACAUUGUGGUGAAUGGGUUAAGGAGUAAGGAAUUAGACCUGAAGCAUGCUAGGGGUAGUGCUAGUCAGUCCAGGGACUCCGGUGAGGCUAUGUUUGUUAGGGGUAGAUCUAAGGGUAGGUCUAAGAACUCUAAGCAAAAUAGUCAGGGUAAGAACACUAGUCAGCCUGGGAGGAAGAGGAGCAAAUCUAGGAAGAGAGUGUGUUACAAUUGUGGUAACACUGGCCAUUUCAUUAAGGAUUGCCCCCACCCUAAGAAGACCGAGCAUGCUAGUGUAGCUGUUGAUAAAUGUGACCUUGGUGAUAUUUUGAUGGUUUGUGACCAUGUUAAUUCUGUGAGAAAUUCCCUGUCUGAGCAUGAAUGGUUGAUUGACUCUGGUUGUACCUAUCACAUGUCCCCCUUUAGAGAUUUAUUUUCUACUUAUGAAUUAUGUGAUAGUGGCUACGUUUCCUUAGCUGAUAAUAAGAGAUGCAAUGUGCUUGGUGUUGGUGAUAUAUGUCUGAAGUUUUCUUGUGGCUCUGUGUUUACCAUUAAGAAUGUGAGGCAUGUCCCUGAUUUGUGUCAUAACUUGUUAUCUGUUGCUGCUUUGGAGAGUAGUGGGUUACAGGGAAAAUGGGGGAAUGGUUGUAUGAAAAUCCUGAAAAACUCGCUUGUUUUGUUUAAAGCUGAGAAGGUGAAUAACCUUUAUGUGUGUCAUGCUAAACCUUUUGUUGAGUCUGUGAAUGUUGUAUGUUCUGAUAAGACCUCUUUGUGGCAUAAUAGGCUAGGACAUAUGAGCAAUAAGGGUUUAGAUGUCAUGCGUAGGGCUGGUUAUUUUGGUAAGGACUCUGUGACUUCUGUGCCUUUUUGUGAAUCAUGUGUGUUAGGCAAGCAGCAUAGAGUCAGUUUUCCUCCUUCCUCUUACCCUAAUCUGUCUAAAUGUUCGUCUGUGCUUGAAUAUGUUCAUGCCGAUGUUUGGGGUCCUGCCAGUGUUCCUACCCACGGGGGUAGGAAAUAUUUCCUUUCUAUCAUUGAUGAUUUCUCUAGGAAGGUGUGGGUUUGCCUUUUAGAACACAAGUCUGAUGUGUUUGUGAGGUUUAGGGAGUGGAAAACCCUAGUUGAAAACCAAACUGGCAGGAAGGUUAAGACCCUUAGGACCGAUAAUGGGUUAGAGUUCUGUAAUAAGGAGAUGGAUAAGUUGUGUGUGGAUUGUGGGAUAAAAAGGCACAAAACUGUGCCUUAUACUCCCCAACAGAAUGGGAUAGCAGAGAGAAUGAAUAGGUCUCUGUUGGAUAAGGUUAGAAGCAUGUUAGCUACCUCUGGUUUGUCUAAGAAAUUCUGGGGUGAAGCAGUCACUACUGCUGCCUAUUUGGUUAAUAGGUCCCCGUCUGUCCCUCUUGGUGGUAAGUGUCCUGAAGCCGUCUUUACCGGUAAGCCUCUUGAUCUGUCUAACCUUCGGGUGUUUGGUUGUGCAGCGUAUGCACACCAACAGGGUGACAAGUUGGAUCCUAGGUCUAAGAAGUGUGUCUUCCUAGGUUAUCCAGAGGGGGUAAAGGGUUACAGGUUAUGGGAUAGGAACCAGGUAGGCUUUAAAGUGGUCCUUAGCAGAAAUGUGGUGUUCAAUGAAACUGAUUUUCCUUGCUUGACCGAGUCUGUUUCUAAUCUUGAGUCUAGGUCUGAUAGUACUCCUAGUGAGGUGGAGUCUGUCCCUGUUGCUGCUAGUCCUUUAUCUGUUGAUCCUGUUAUCUCUGAUGAUAUUGUUAUGCAUGAUUCUGAUUCCUCUGAGCAUGAUAGUCCCACCACCUCGAGUGAGGUGGAGCAUUUGCAUGAUACUGAGCAUGAUUUGCAUGAUAUGGGUGCUGAAUCUGAUUUUCAUGAUAACAAUAAUUUGCAUGAGUUGCAUGUGGAGCCUAGUAGUGAUAAUUUGCAUGAUUAUCAACUUGCUAGAGAUAGGAGUAGAAGGGCUAUCAGGAGAACUGCUGAUAUUAUGCCUGAUUAUGCUUUCAUUGUGCAUGAUACUUCUAUGUUUGCAUUCUCUGUGUUUGAAUCCCUAGAGCUGAAUGAACCCAAGACCUACCGUGAAGCCUUAGGUUCCAAAGAGUCUCAGAAAUGGAUCAGUGCCAUGAAAAGUGAGAUGGACUCUUUGAGAGUGAACCAGACUUGGACCCUUGUACCUAGACCCCCCAACUGUUCGGUAGUUGAGUGUAAGUGGUUGUUUAAGGUUAAGGAAGAACCUAGUGAUGUUAGGUUUAAGGCUAGGUUGGUUGCGAAGGGGUUUACUCAAAAAGAGGGGGUAGAUUAUGCAGAAAUCUUUGCUCCUGUUGUUAAAUUCACCACUAUUCGUAUGAUGCUUGCUUUAGUUGCUCACCAUGACUGGGAAAUGAAACAGAUGGAUGUAACUACUGCAUUUUUGCAUGGUGAAUUGGAUAAAACAAUUUAUAUGACCCAGCCUGAGGGCUUUGUGGAUCCCAAGAGAAGUGAGCAUGUCUGUUUGCUUAGGAAGGCUUUGUAUGGCCUGAAGCAAUCCCCUAGGCAGUGGAACAUCAAAUUUGAUAAAUGCAUGAUAUCUUUGAAGUUCCAAAAAUCUGUUUGUGAUCAUUGCCUGUAUUUCAAAAAUACUUCUUCUGUGCCUGUAUUUUUGUUACUCUAUGUGGAUGACAUGCUGAUAAUUAGUCCUUCUCUGAAUGCUAUUAAAGAUGUGCAGAAAUGUCUUUGUGCGAAUUUUGCCAUGAAAGACCUAGGUGAUGCCAAGAGGAUCCUAGGCAUAAACAUUGUUAGGGAUAGGAGUAAGCGUACUCUUACUUUGAAUCAGAUUUCUUACAUAGAAAAAGUUUUGAGUAAAUUUAAUAUGUUAUCUGCUUCUCCUGUUAAUGUCCCUAUGGCAUCUCACUUUGUGUUAAGUAAGGACCAGUCUCCCAAGACUGCUCCUGAAAUUGAGAAAAUGAAAUCUGUGCCUUAUUCCAGCGCAAUAGGGUCGGUGAUGUAUCUUAUGGUUAGCACUAGACCUGAUAUUGCAUAUGCGGUUAGUUGCUUGAGUAGAUAUAUGUCCAACCCUGGUUUGCCUCAUUGGAAUGCUCUUAAGUGGUUGCUUAGAUAUCUGAUUUCUACUGUGAAGCAUGGAUUAAUUUUCUCUAAGUGUGCUAGUGGUAUUGAAUUGAUUGGUUAUGUUGAUUCUAACUAUGCAAAUGAUAGAGAUAACAGGAAGUCGACCACUUCUUAUGUUUUUACUUUGUGUGGCUCUUGCAUUAGUUGGAAGUCUCAACUACAGCCUAUUGUGGCCCUUUCUACCACUGAGUCCGAGUAUGUUGCAGCCACAGAAGCGUUUAAGGAAGCCAUCUGGCUCAAACGCCAUGUCUCCGAAAUUGGGUUUCUCAAAAAGGGAGUUACCAUUUUCUCGGAUAGCCAAUCGGCUAUCCAACUUUGCAAAAAUCCUGUAUUUCAUGAUAGAACUAAGCAUAUUGAUGUUAGGUUCCAUUUCAUACGUGAUAUUGUUGAUGCAGGUGGAGUCAAGCUGUGCAAGAUCCCGUCCGAGUUUAACCCCGCGGAUAUGGGUACCAAGUGUCUUUCUGCUGAGAAACACUUGUCCUGUAAACGCGUGUUAAACUUUGACUGUGGAUAACUGUGGGUUGCCUAAUAAAGUGUUUGCCCGUUGUGUCUGUUGAUAUUCCGGGUGACCCGGCGAUGAUGAGUCUUGUCACAACUUUGUUUUGUUACUCUACACCACCUAGGACCAAUAAGGUGGAGAAUGUUGGAGGUAUUGGUCCUACCAAGGCCUCCCUUCCACUUUAUUUGUUGAGGCUUGCACACUCUAUUUUUACUCUCUCUUGGAUACCUAUUCUUUGGUAUAUAUCCUGAUCAAAUAUAUACCUAUUAGAGUUGACUUUCCCAGUUGGCUGGCCCCUUUGAUUGCUGUCCGCUGCAUCCAUCUUUUGUCUUGGCUCCUACAUGUGACUUUGCCUUGUCUUUGUAGCAUGUGAGUGUUUGUUGUUUUGACCUCACCCGUGACUCCUCUUCUAUGCUGGCAGCCUACUAUUUAAAGUCCUUGCUUCUUCCCUUGUUGAAGCAGCCUGCGUGAGUUUAGUAUCCCAGAGAGCAGAGCUCCCUUUCUUCCUCCUUUGUGUGAGAAUAGAUAGGUCCUUAGUGGAGAGUAAUACUUGGGUGUGCUAUAGCUUCCUCUUAGUGUGGUGUGUGAGAGUGUGUGUGUUGAAAGACCUGAGCCGGAGACGGAAGAAACGAUCCUUACAGCCACAUUUUGUUUGCAAGAGUUUGAAGCUGCUGGUGUGGAGAUUAGUAUUAGUUACUAGUUGAAAUUUGUCAGUAUGGUCAGGACAAAAACAGUUCAGGUGUUUGGUUUCCCUCAUCUUGUAACUGCAAGUGAUGCUAAGAGAUGCUUUGAGAGGUAUACUGGUGUAAGUUCUGUGUAUGCCAUUGAGGUAAAGAUGGCUAAAAAGGGUGGAAGAGCAUAUGCUAAGGUCCAAUUUGAUAAAGCCACCAGUGCAGAACUAAUUAUAGCUCUUGCCAGUCAAAAGAGAUUGUACUAUGGCUCAUCUUACUUGAAAGUUUGGGAGCUAGAUGCCUAUAUUGUGCAACCUAGAUCAUACAUCCAUGACAUGAAAAACACAACUCUAUGCUUUGGGUGCCAAAUAUCAGAUGAACGGUUUUACAGGUUAUGUAGACUGGAAGAUGUUUCAAUAGAAUUUGGGUAUGGGUUGAAGAAGAUACGCUUCUUUCUAUCAUAUCGCUCUUUCCAAUACAAGCUUCAACUUUCAUAUGAACACAUUUGGCAGAUCAUGCUGUAUAGAUCCCCCGCCCAAAACGUUAAAUAUCUUGUCAUACAGUUAUUUGCCGCUCCACGGAUCUACAAGAAAACAGAAGAAGACUCCAUCUAUAGCUACUUCCAGGAAACUCCAGAUGAUCAGUGGGUGAGGACUACAGAUUUCACCCAAAAUUUGAUUGGGCAAUCUUCUAGCUUGUGUUUGGAGCUUCCUAAAGGUGUCAUAUUACCAGAUUUUCGUAAUAAUUUUGUCUUCUAUACUGAAACUGAAAGUCAAUUCGUUCUAGAGCCCGGUUUACGGUUUUCUAGCAAUUUGGAUCUAGUUCCAAUCAUCCAUCCUCCACAAGGAGAUGCAUUGCCAUUCAAGUUAGUGUUUAAGAUUUGCAGUUUGGUGCAACAUGGAUGCCUUCCGGGUCCCGCACUGAAUGCCAGAUUUUUCCGCUUGGUUGAUCCAAGGUUGGUAAACAUUGAUCACAUUGAAAAUGCCUUGGAGAAAUUGUACUAUAUGAAGGACUGCUGUUAUGAUCCUGUGAAGUGGCUGACUGAGGCAUACCGUAAUUUCAAGCAUCCUCCAAAAUCCGCUUCUAUAAAUCUAGAUGAUGGAUUGGUUUAUGUAAGGAGGGUCCUAGUGACUCCAACAAGGGUUUAUUUUUGUGGUCCCGAGGUAAAUCAAUCCAAUCGUGUGCUGCGCCAUUACAUUAAUGACAUAGAUAAUUUCCUCCGUGUAUCUUUUGUUGACGAGGAGUGGGAUAAAAUCCAAUCCAUGGAUUUAUCUCAACGUGCAACGGGCAAGACAGACCUUUAUGACAGGAUACUUUUGACACUAAAAAAUGGUAUUGUUAUUGGUGAUAAAAGGUUUGAAUUUCUUGCAUUCUCGUCAAGCCAGUUAAGAGAGAGUUCGGUUUGGAUGUUUGCAUCAAGAUUUGGACUUACAGCUACUGAUAUAAGAGAAUGGAUGGGCAACUUCAAAAAGAUAAAAAAUGUUGCGAAGUAUGCUGCUAGACUUGGUCAAUCGUUUGGUUCAUCCAGAGAAUCUGUUAGUGUUCACAAGAGUGAACUUGAAAUUGUUCCCGACAUAACGAUUAUAAAGCAAGGGAUAGAAUAUAACUUCUCCGAUGGGAUUGGAAAAAUAUCUGCAGAAUUUGCUGAAAAAGUCGCCAAAAAAUGUGGCCUGGAUAGGUUUGCCCCAUCUGCUUUUCAAAUCCGCUAUGGUGGAUUUAAGGGAGUUGUUGCUGUCGAUCCCUCUUCGUCAAAGAAAUUGUCAUUAAGAAAAAGCAUGUUGAAAUACGAAUCAGACAAUGUAACACUUGAUGUUUUGGCAUGGAGCAAAUAUCAACCUUGUUAUCUAAACCGCCAAUUGGUAUCACUCUUGUCAACUCUUGGUAUCAGAGAUGAGGUCUUUGAGAGGAAGCAAAGAGAAGCCGUUGCUCAAUUGAACGAAAUCCUCACUAGUCCUGCAAAGGCAGCCGAGGCUCUUGAGUUAAUGGCUCCCGGAGAAAACACUAACAUCAUUAAAGAGAUGCUCAUGUGUGGCUACAAGCCUGAUGCUGAACCAUUCCUUUCGAUGACUUUACAAACAUUCAGGGCAUUUAAGUUGCAAGAUAUAAGGACCAAGGCACGGAUAUUCGUACCUAGUGCCAGAUCUAUGAUGGGUUGUCUAGAUGAGACCAGAACAUUGGAAUAUGGUGAAGUAUUUGUUCAGUAUUCAGGUGCCGGACGGAGGCUGUCUCUUGUUGGUGCUCCCCAUUCCAAUGAAACCAGAGAUUGUAAUUACAUCGUCACAGGAAAGGUGGUCGUUGCAAAGAACCCAUGCUUACAUCCUGGUGAUGUUCGUGUUUUGAGAGCUAUUAAUGUGCCCUCGUUGCACCAUAUGGUGGACUGUGUCGUUUUCCCCCAGAAAGGGCAGAGACCCCAUCCAAAUGAAUGUUCUGGAAGUGAUUUGGAUGGAGAUAUUUACUUUGUGUGUUGGGACCAAGAUCUCAUUCCGAAGGAAAUGAAACCAGCGAUGGAUUAUACCCCUGCCCCAAGCAUGGAAUUGGACCAUGAUGUAACAAUUGAGGAAGUUCAUAAGUAUUUUGCAGACUACAUUGUGAAUGACAGUUUAGGCAUUAUUUCAAAUGCCCAUGUUGUGUUUGCGGACAAAGAAGAUAAGAUGGCAAUGAGUGAACCGUGUCUAGAACUUGCAAGGCUCUUCUCGAUUGCAGUCGACUUCCCCAAGACAGGUGUUCCUGCUGAGAUACCUUCCCAUCUGCGCGUCAAAGAAUAUCCCGAUUUCAUGGAAAAGCCCGCUGAAAAGACAAGCUAUGAUUCUUCAAGAGUGAUAGGAAAGCUAUUUAGGGAGGUCAAAUAUAUCACUGCACAGCUAAGCUCCAUCACAUCCUUUACUAUAGAAGUUGCGAGAAAAUCAUAUGAUCCUGACAUGGAAGUGGACGGGUUUGAAGACUUCACUGAAGAAGCUUUUAAUUGUAAAACUCGUUAUGACUUCAAGCUGGGCAAUCUAAUGGACUAUUAUGGAAUAAAAACCGAGGCUGAAGUGUUGAGUGGCGGUGUUAUAAAGUCUUCAAAAUUCUUUGACCGCAGAAGGGAUGCGGAUGCGGUUAGUUUUGCUGUUAGGGCCUUGAAGAAGGAGGCAAGGUCAUGGUUCAAGAAAGGAAGUGAGUCCGGCGAGGACUCAUUGGCAAAGGCAUCAGCUUGGUACCAUGUCACUUAUCACCAUACAUAUUGGGGUAGCUACAAUGAGGAUAUGAACCGAGCCCACUUCAUCAGUUUCCCAUGGUGUGUCUAUGACAAACUUAGUCAGAUCAAGAGGGCCAAAACAGGAAAUAGCGCUCUUCGUUUGGCAUCGAUUGAACAGCGGUUCAGCAAAGGCUUGGCAUUGGCCUGAUGUGGUGUGGUUUCCAUCUUGUAAACUGUUCAUGCUGUAGUCAUGACUCCUCUAGGCUAAUCUGCUUCACUUUAAUUUAUGUGCAACAAACUACUCCGUAAAGUUUAUUAUGCAUUUUGGGUGUUUGGAUUUAAAUAGAACUUUUUGCAUUGUUUUUGGUUUUUUGGUUUAAAUGUAUUUUUAGUCCCUGCAAAUAUAUUACAUUCUGUUGACUUCCCGAUUGCAAUAAUAUAUUUAGAAAUUAC